AUGGCCAUCAUUACACUAGCCCGGUUCUCCAGAUUUCAAAUUACUGGCAUCCGGUCUUUAUCAACAAAGUUAUCGGGCCGUCAUGUAUCUGGGACAGCAGGUACUUCAACUGAACGGCCAACCUGGGUCGACCGUCUUCCACCAAAAAUGCGACCUUACCUCUACUUGACAAGAAUCGACAAGCCGAUUGGGACCCUGUUACUGUUUUACCCAUGCGCAUGGUCCAUAACCAUGGCCUCAUAUGCCUUAGAGGCACCAUUGACGACGCCUUUGACAUAUCUCGGCCUAUUUGGCCUUGGAGCAAUGGUCAUGCGUGGUGCAGGUUGCACCAUCAAUGACAUGUGGGAUAAAAAUUUAGACAAAGCAGUAGAGAGAACACGAAGUAGACCACUUGCGAGAGGUGACAUCAACCAAAGACAGGCACUGGUGUUCUUAGCUGGGCAGUUGUCAGUGGGACUGGGAGUUUUGUUACAACUGAAUUGGUACAGCAUUCUCCUCGGAGCUUCAUCUCUGUCUUUGGUGACUGUAUACCCGCUCAUGAAAAGAAUCACCUACUGGCCGCAAGCGGUACUAGGACUCACUUAUAAUUGGGGAGCUUUGCUUGGCUGGUCUGCCGUAGCCGGAGCAGUCAACUGGAGUGUUUGUCUCCCUCUAUACGCAGGUGGAGUCUGCUGGACUCUUGUAUACGACAGCAUAUACGCGCAUCAAGACAAAGCAGACGACGUAAAUGUCGGUAUCCAUUCAACCGCCCUGCUCUUUGGAGAGCAGACCCGCCCAAUUCUCGGUGCGCUCUCGGCAUCAACCAUCUCUCUCAUUGGUCUCGCAGGUGUUCUCAACGCUCAUGGAGCGCCUUUCUAUCUUGGGCUCGGCCUUGGGGCUGCCCAGCUCGCACGCGUUCUUUGGAGAACAGACUUUGAGAGUCGUCCGAUCGGAUGUGGUUGGUCUGGAUUCUGGAUAUGGAUGGGAGCUCUGGCAGAUUAUGCGGUCCUGAUUUCGGGUCUUACAUGA